CACCCAAGGGAGCAGUCACAGUCCCCACUGCCCAACCCUGCUUCCUUCUUUCUCCUCGGAUUCCGAUGGGGAGAUCUCCCUGCCAUGAUGAGAUUAAUGGCCUUAAGAAGGGCCCUUGGACUCCUGAGGAAGACCAGAUACUGGUCGAGUACAUCCAGACCCAUGGCCACGGCAGCUGGAGAGCUCUUCCAAAACUUGCUGGGCUGAACAGAUGUGGCAAGAGCUGUAGGCUGAGAUGGACUAACUACUUGAGGCCAGACAUCAAGAGAGGCAAGUUCUCCCAAGAGGAAGAGCAAACCAUUCUCAACCUGCACUCCAUCCUGGGCAACAAGUGGUCUGCGAUCGCGACGCACCUCCCCGGGCGAACGGACAAUGAAAUCAAGAACUUCUGGAACACCCACCUGAAGAAGAAGCUCAUCCAGAUGGGGUUUGAUCCCAUGACUCACCGCCCCAGUACCGACUUCUUCGCCGCCCUCCCCCAGCUCAUCGCCCUCGCCAAUCUCAUCGACGGCCGCCCGUGGGACGACCACACCGCGCGGCUGCUGGCGCAGGCGGAGGCGACGGAGGCUGCAGCGAAGUUACAGUGCUUUCAGCACCUGCUGCAGUCUGCAAGCGCCAUGCCAAAUAUCUCCACAGCUGACUUGGCGAACAUGAGCCUCCCUUCGAUCCCUUCUCCUACUCCUCCUCAGUGUCUGACCAAUGACCAUGACCAUGACCAGAUGAACCAGCUGCCAUCCAUCUUCUUUGAGCCAUCCGUCAGCAAUGAGACAGGCCAGUGUUCCACCAUGACCGGGUUCAGCCAGGGAGAGGACAGCAGUCUCCCUCCUCUCGCUGAUGUCUCUGCUGCUAACCAGGGGGAUGCUUGUAGCAUUUCGAGCUGCAAUGGCGAUGAGACUCCUUACAUCUGGCCCGAGUUCUUCCUCGAUGACCAGUUCAUGACAGGAUUUGCCUAGACCUUUCGAGUGGAUAUAUACCUUCUUGCAUGAUUCUAUCACACUUGUAAAUGUGCACAUGUAGUCUCAGUCUUUGUUUGUGUAUACUUCACUGGAAACUUUUGCUUCUUUCGCUCA